AUGCUCGGAGAUCUCAGGAGAGUUUUCAGCAAUGAGAAGAAACCCGAAGUGCCGGCCAUGCCAAACAAGGAUCCUGUUGAUGUCCCUGUCAGCGCCUUGCGCAUCAGCCGCUACGGUCUCGUACAAGACCUGCAGCUCACAUCCUACAGAAAAAACGAUCACAAGUUCAUGAUUGGCGACAAUUACUACUAUGUUCCUAGUUGCAUGCAAGCACCAGGAACGACCGACCUAGAUCCCGCGAUUCGCAGGUUAAAAUGGGGUUUCGAGAAGGGGUAUGCUUCAAAGUCCACGGCAGCGAAGCAGGAAUCGUUCAUGGGGGUCUACAGCAUUUGGUACAAGGACUUGGGGACGUCCCGUGGUCUCAAGACAUUGUCGCAGAUAAGUGGCGACUUUUGGAUGAUGAAGCAGGUGCAGGAUGCGCCGCAGAGCGGUGAUACGAUUGAGUGGGGCGAGAUUCCCAAGGAUAUGGUCAAUGAGUUGAAUCAUGAUUGGUGGUUUAUGGGAGUGCAACUGCCUGACAUUGAUGCUGUUUGCAGAGAGGUAGCAGCGAAAUCGGGACGUCCAUCCUGA